AGUAGACUUCAGUUUCUUGCAUCAUUUUUAUUCAAGUUUUAAAAUUCUUGCAUACCCCUUUUGAGUGUUUUUGUGAGUAAAUUAACAUGGCUCGAAUGAACCGCCCAGCUCCUGUGGAAGUCACAUACAAGAGCAUGAGAUUCCUCAUCACACACAACCCAACCAAUGCAACCUUAAACAAGUUUAUAGAGGAACUUAAGAAGUAUGGAGUUACCACAAUAGUAAGAGUAUGUGAAGCAACGUAUGACACUACUCUUGUGGAGAAAGAAGGCAUCCAUGUUUUUGAUUGGCCUUUUGAUGAUGGUGCGCCACCGUCCAACCAGAUUGUUGAUGACUGGUUAAAUCUUGUAAAAAUUAAGUUUCGUGAAGAACCCGGUUGUUGUAUUGCUGUGCAUUGUGUCGCAGGCCUUGGGAGAGCUCCAGUGCUUGUUGCCCUAGCAUUAAUUGAAGGUGGAAUGAAGUAUGAAGAUGCAGUACAGUUCAUAAGACAAAAGCGGCGCGGAGCUUUUAACAGCAAGCAGCUUUUAUAUCUGGAGAAGUAUCGUCCUAAAAUGCGGCUGCGCUUCAAAGACUCCAAUGGUCACAGGAAUAACUGUUGCAUGCAAUAAAGCUGGGGUGCCUGAUGCUACUGCCUUGGACGUGGAGCUUAAGGCGGGGCCUGAUUAGUCGUACAUAUUAGCCCAUAUGUUGGCUUGGUGAAUAAGUAAUGAAGCUUCUAAAGGAGCGUGGAAAAGCAGUUAUGCAGGCUACAUACAAGCUUGACUGAUUGCAGCCUCUCUGUUUGGGUUAUGAUCAGUAGAUUUGGACAAUUGCCACAAGAUUCUUCUCUUCAGCACUUAAAAUGUGCUUAUCAUUUAUACCAAUUGACUUCCCUGAAAUCAUGCAGUAUUGAGUUUUGGCUUUAAGGCUAUUCAAAUGCCAGAAUCUUAAUGAUACAUAAGAAAUGUAGAAAGAUUAGGUGCCAAAAUACCCAGCACAAUACUCCUCUAUUUUUAGUAUCACAUAGAACCAAAAUUGCAGGAACUGAAAACACUAUAUCUGUGGUGUAGUCCCUCGGUCAUUUCCAACGUCAUAGGGCCUGUGUGGCUAUUUGCUUGCUCACUUUGUGUUUACAUCUCUCAUAUUCAUACCAGUGUACAUCAGGUUUGCUGAAACAUUGAUUGUUCCUUUCGAUUAUUACCAUGUCUUAUGGUGAUUAUUUAAUGUCUUUCUAUAAGUUUUUUAUUUUGUGCUGUUCCUGGAAACCUCCAUUUUGAAAAUCUACAUUGUUAUAGAAGCACAUGUCUUUCAUGUCUGAGACAAAAAAGCCUUACAGUUCACUUAAUGUUUGCACUCUGAGGUGCAGUGUAACAGGGAGGGCCUGAAAACACACCGGGACGGGGCUAGUCAAUAUUUUUAGUAAACUGUUGCCUUUGUCUUGUGUGAAACAUGUAGAAUAUGCUCUUUAAUUUAGUAAAUAUUUUUUAAAAGGUAUAGAUGCUUUGUUAUUGUAGCUAAAAUAAUUCUUAAUCAUAAGAUUUCUGAAAUUGUAAUUUUUUUCCAUACUUAUCAGAAAUUGUUUACCGACUUAUUUUUGUUUGAGGUGUGAUUUUUUUUCCCUUCUCUUCCCAACCUCUUGCAAAAAAAAAAAAUGGGUUUCUGCUAAUGAAUUGAGCAGACAUCUAAUAUUUUAUAUGCCUUUUGAGCUGUGUAACUUAAUAUUUGGAUACUUGACAAUUUGUUUUAUGAUGUAACUGAUAGAACGGUGAUGUGUAUUAAUGUUAGUUCAGCCAUGUGUACUUGUUUGGGUUUAUACCGUGGGGUUACAAUUCUGUGGGAGAAAUAAUUUGUUAGUGUUCACAGCUUGUAAAAAAACUUAGUGCGAGAGCUUAAACAUCUAAUAAAUAGUGAAAUGCA